CCACGAUUUGGCCAGGGCCGGAGGGAGGGUUUUCCGUUUUCCAGGUAGUCCUUUUGGAAGCAAGCUUUCUAGAGCCAAGUCCCUCUCUCUCUCUCUUUCUCUCUCUCUCACACACACACACAGAUGUCUUUCCGGCAAUCAGCGGUGCGUUUCCUGAGAGAAGUAAGAAUUCCUGGUCGGGCAAUGAAAGCAUUUUCUUGGCGAAGUCUGUCCAGUCCACCGAUGCAUGUUGGUGAAAGAGAGGUUCUUUGUCAAUGUUCUUAUGGAGGUCGUUCUUGGGGAAAGCAUCACAGGGAGCUUUUGCCUUGGAUAUAUCUGUCUGCACAUGCUGCGGUAUUUCUUGGUUUAAAUGCUAGCCCAGCAUUUGCUGAAGAUGUUUCCGUUGAACUAAGCCCCGAGAAUGAUGUCAAUGGAUUACGCAGAAUUGAAGAUGGCUCUGUAAUCUCAAAUGAACAUACGUCAAAAUGGAGGGUUUUUACUGAUACCGGAAGAGACCUGUUCUUGCAGGGAAAACUAGAUAAAGCUGAAAAAUUGUUUCUAUCUGCACUAGAAGAAGCUAAAAUGGGAUUUGGUGAAGGGGAUCCUCAUGUUGCAUCUGCCUGCAACAAUCUGGCAGAAUUAUACCGUCUUAAGAAGUCUUUCGAGAAAGCAGAACCAUUAUAUAUGGAUGCAAUAAAAAUACUUGAAAAUUCAUUUGGGCCAGAAGAUGUACGAGUUGCGGUUGCCUAUCACAACCUAGGCCAGUUCUAUCUUGUACGGCGAAAAUUGGAAGAAGCUCAUCAAUGCUAUGAGCGUGCUUUGAAGAUAAAGAGGCGUGUUCUUGGACAUGGACACCCAGAUUAUGCAGACACAAUGUAUCAUCUUGGAACGGUCUUUUAUCUCCAAGGGAAAGAGAAAGAUGCUGAGGCCCUUAUACAAGAGUCUAUUGUGAUACUAGAGGAAGCUGGUCAAGGGGAAUCAAUCAGUUGCAUGAGGAGACUUCGUUUUCUUGCCCAGAUGUAUGCAAAGUCAGGUCGUCUAGCAGAGGCCGAGAAUAUACAAAGAAAGAUUCUGCAUCUUAUGGAAUUAUCAAAGGGAUGGAAUUCUUUGGACACUGUAACUGCUGCUGAAAGCCUUGCCUUGACCAUUCAAUCAAUUGGGAAAUUACUAGAAGCAAGGGAACUUCUAGAUAGAUGUCUUGAGGCUCGGAAAACCCUACUUCCUGAAGAGCAUGUGCAGAUAGCUGGAAACAUGCUUCAUAUCUCUAGGGUGCAAAUGCUACAAUCGAGCCUGUUAAGGAAAACAAAUAUUUCGGAAGCACUUGCUGAGCUUGACAAAGCAAAGGGUUACCUAUGCAAUUCAAUAAGGAUAGCUAAGCUAAUUCUUUAUAAAUCCAAAAAGGAAGGUGGGGGGCAACAAUCUUAUGGGUUAUCUAGAAGAGGAGCCACAAAGGAUGUGCAUGUAGCAUUGGUUAUACUGUUGCAGGCAUACAAUGCCCUUGCACAGUUGGAGAUCGAAAAACAGGAAUUACUGCAAAUUGAGGGUGGUGAUAAGCCUUCCUCCAUUCCAGAGGCUGAAAGUGCUCUACGACAAUGCAUAUCCUCAUUCAAGGAGUUUGUGACAAUGGAAGUAUCUCCUGAAGUAAAGUUGGAGUAUGUAUCAUGUAUGAAACGUCUCUUAGCUCUUAUAGACGAUUAUGGAACCGCCCGCCAUUCACAAGAAAAAACUCAGCUGCAAGAUGAGAUAAGACGUGUCGAGAGAGACAACUCGAUGGACCAAAAGCGCAAACCAUAAAAAAACUUGCAUAUGAAUACAAGGAUUCCUUUUUCUUCUAUAAUACAGACUUAAAAUUGUUGGAAGCAUUACUAAUCUUUUUUGGGACAAAAUCUCAUUUAUUUAUAUUAUUUUCUAACAAAAAAAAUUAAUUGUUGUAAGAGGGUGUAUAAAUAUUUCAUUAGUUUUUGUUAGAUAAUAACACCACAUAAGUAAGGUUAGGUUACUUAUGUAGGUAUGAUAAUGGGGGCAGA